CAUGGCUUCCUCACCAUCCCCUUGAACUUGCUGAAAUAAGUGGGUCUAAGAAUCAGAGUUCUUACCUGCUCUCAGGUGUCGACGGCGGCCGCACGGAUGAUUUAAACAGAUGUUUGAAGAAAAAUGCGGGCCUCUCCUGUAAUGUGGACCACCCUGGACGCCUCCCUUCCAAUCCUGAGAUGCACCAGCAGCAGGCUGUCUGCCGCGAGCAUGCCGGUGGUCAGGAUGCUGCGGGAGGUUGCCGGCCGGAUGCUGCAGGGCCCGGCCUGUGGCUGCCGGACGCCUGCCCUGCCCUGCCGGUUUCUGGGCACCUCCCCUCGGCAGAUUCCAGCGGAUGCCAACUUCCACUCCACCUCGUUCUCUGAAGCAGACCCGCCACGUGUCUUAAUUACAGGGGGUCUUGGCCAGCUUGGAGUGGGGCUUGCUAGCUUUUUGAGGAAGCGAUUUGGGAAGGACAACGUGAUUCUGUCCGACAUUCGGAAGCCGCCCGAGCACGUCUUCCUUAGCGGCCCGUUUAUUUAUUCCGACAUCCUGGAUUACAAGAACCUUCGGGAGACCGUGGUGAACAACCGCGUCACUUGGCUGUUUCACUACAGUGCUCUGCUCAGUGCAGUGGGCGAAGCAAACGUGUCCCUGGCAAGAGCCGUGAACAUCACUGGGCUGCACAAUGUUCUGGACGUUGCGGCGGAACACGGCCUGCGGUUGUUUGUGCCAAGCACCAUCGGGGCUUUCGGACCGACUUCUCCGCGGAACCCAGCCCCCGAUCUCUGUAUUCAGAGACCCAGGACUAUCUACGGAGUGUCCAAGGUCCACGCGGAGCUCAUGGGGGAGUAUUAUUACUACCGGUAUGGGUUAGACUUCCGCUGCCUGAGAUACCCUGGGAUCAUUUCUGCUGACUCUCAGCCUGGAGGAGGAACAACUGACUAUGCGGUGCAGAUCUUCCACAGCGCUGUCAAGAACGGCAGGUUUGAGUGCAACCUGGAACCUGGCACGCGGCUCCCGAUGAUGUACAUUGAUGACUGUCUCCGGGCCACCCUGGAGGUCAUGGAGGCCCCGGCCGAGUCCCUCUCCAUGCGGACCUACAACAUCAAUGCCAUGAGCUUCACCCCCGCGGAGCUGGCCCAGGAGGUCCUCAAGCACAUCCCGGAAUUCCAGAUCACGUACAACGUGGACUCUGUCCGCCAGGCCAUAGCGGAUAGUUGGCCGAUGAACUUUGAUGACAGCAACGCUCGGAAGGACUGGGGGUGGAAACACGAUUUUGACCUCCCGGAGCUGGUGACGACCAUGUUGAAUUUCCACGGUUCCGAGAGCAGAAUUGCCCAAGCCAACUGAAGGGGCCGGAGGAAAAGCUCGUGAGUCUCGGGCGGCAGGGGGUAAACCAGAACAACCCCAAGUCUCCAGACCCCAAGGAAUCCAGACAAUCUGGAGUUGAAGGACUAAUGGGACUAAAUUUUUGCAGCUCAUAUUGAACUACCAGGUGGAAGACUGUGUUGGCUUUAGCGUUUUCUCAGUGCUGGAGGUUUGGUGGUAGGACUUCUGAAUCUUUGCUGUUUGCCUAAACUUGUCCAAACACACAUACCACAGAAUGAAAGCUUAAGUCAUAAUAGUUUCCAUUUCCUUAAUUAAGAUGAAGCCACCAUUUCUGGGAAGGUGGAAGUAUGUGACGUUUGUAUUAAAUUAAAGUUAAUUUAAAUAUCACUCCUAAGACUCCAUUAUUCUCUUGACUAAGACCAAAGAUUAAGAUUACAUUUUAAAGAUUACCAAAAAUGAUCUCCUGAUGUGAAAGAAUCCUUCACUAUCCCAUCAGAACAUAAAAGAUAUCUGAUGUAUUAAUCCCGAGUUCACAAUGUUCAAGAGAUUUUAACCCUGUCAUAAAUAAUCACUUCUGAUUUUUCUACAAGAAGAUAUAUUUGUAGUAAAUUAAGGACAUCAGAGAUGAUCUAACUAGUAAGGGGGAGCAUCUCUUAUUUUGAUUGCCUUCCUGUUGGUGAGCUGAGGGGUGGUGACCAGGACUACGAUCCCCACCUGCAGUGUCGGUCUUCCGUCUCCCGAGGUCUUGUUUCUGAGCUCUCCCCUUCAGGUGGACUCGAUCAGUGGGAUGGGAAUCUCGAAGGACCACCAUUGUUCUCUUCCAGCUGCAACCCCCUAGUUUAGACCAGAUCCAAACACGAUCCUCUAAAGAGAACUCCUCGCUGCAGCCCGUUUGCACACGUAGAUGCACCUUCAGAAAAGCUCCUCUAACCCUGUGAGGCAAUUACUAUACAAAUAUAUACAGAUGUAUUUUAUCUCAACUUUACUGAGAUACAUUUCACAUACCGUAAAAGUCACUCAUUUGAAGUUUACGAUUUGGUGAUUUUUUAGCACAUUCACAGAGUGCAGCCAUCACUGGGGUCUACUUUGAAGCCAUUUCAGCAUCCCACAAAGACACCCUCCCCAGCCUAGGCAACCACUAAUUGACUUCCUGUGUCUAUGGAUUUCCCUGCUCUGGACACUUCACGUCGGUGGAAUCACACAGCAUGUGUCCUUUCGUGUCUGGCUUCUUUCGCCUGGUGUAGUGUGUUCAGGGUCCAUCCAUGCUGUGGCGUGUGUCAGGACUUCAUUUUAUCGCUAACUGGUAUUUCAUUGUGUGAAUGUACCACAUUCUGUUUGUCCAUUCAUCAUUUGAGGGAUGUUCAGGUGGUUUGCACUUUUUAGUUAAUUAGGAAUAAAUGCCGUUAUGAAUAUCUGUAGA